AGUUGGAAGCGGCGCGGGAGAUGCUGGACGCCGACCCCGGGGCGGUGAAUGGGACCAACGCGGAUGGCAUCAGCGCUCUCCACCAGGCCUGCAUUGAUGAGAACAUGGAAGUGGUUGAAUUUCUGGUGGCCAGUGGAGCUGAUGUGAACCAAGCCGACAAUGAAGGAUGGACUCCGCUUCAUGUGGCUGCUUCCUGUGGCUAUAUCGAGAUUGCACAAUACCUCUUGGAUCACGGUGCCAACAUUGCUGCGGUGAACAGCGACGGAGAUGUGCCAUUGGACAUUGCCGAAGCUGACAAUAUGGAGACCUUACUGCGGUCGGAGAUUGCAAAGAGAGGGGUAGAUGUGGAAGUAGCCAAGCGAGAGGAGGAGGAAGUAAUGCUUCGUGAUGCUCGACAAUGGCUGAAUGCUGGCAAAAUAUCUGAUGAGUCACACCCCAAAACAGGGGCCACCGCCCUCCAUGUGGCAGCUGCCAAAGGCUACAUAGAAGUUAUGAGGCUGCUCUUGCAAGCUGGCUAUGACCCCAAUGUUCGGGAUAAAGAUGGCUGGGCUCCCCUCCAUGCAGCAGCUCACUGGGGAGUGGAGGAGGCCUGCCGCCUUCUGGCUGAGCACUUCUGUGAUAUGGAGGCACUCAACAAUGUGGGCCAGCGUCCCUGUGACCUUGCAGAUGAGGACACUUUGGCUCUACUUGAAGAACUGCAGCGGAAGCAAAAUGAUUUACGCAGCAAGAAGGAAGCGCACCUGAGGCAGGCUGUGAUUGACACCAGCUUGGAACAGCCUCCAUCCUGCACGACCAAGCACCGAAGGAGCUCCGUAUGUCGUAUGAGCAGCAAGGAGAAGAUUUCUGUCCAGGACCAAUCAAAGGAACGCAAGACCUUGGAUACCAUUGCAGUUGGCGAGGAGGAGACGAGUUCGGCCUCGGAGGGCGAGGAGACUCCCAGUUCCACUGAGACGAAGACUGUUCCCCCAACGGACAGCAGUACCGUGAAUGGCAUCUCUGUGACCCCGGUCAGUCCCCUGUCCCCUACUCCCACAGGGCAGAAGUUUUCUGGAGGCUCUAGCCGUGCCAUGGAGCCCGAAGACGUGGCAGCCCCCGCCGUCUGGAGACAGAGCCUCCGUAAGACAAGCAGCUUUGGGGUGCUGCAGGAUGCCAAGUUGGAUGAUGGAGCAGCCAAGGAGGGUGGCGGCAUCAAGCGUUCUGCAUCCAGUCCCCGGCUGGAUACAGAGGAAAAGCAAGACAUCCGGGAGCUCUUACAGAAGUGGAACAAGAAUCCCAUUGGCCCAGGGUUAGCCAAUAGGAGUGCAGCUUCUGAGCCAGCUGGUGACCCGAGCAAAGAACCACGCCUGGCUCGGGUAACCCCCACCCCUACUCGACGGAUAUUUGCCCUCCCAGAUACAGAACCCCACCGAGAUCCCCGGCGCACAAACUUAGAAGGUGGUCUUCAGAUGAAGAUAGAUACAGUUCUUGCCCCACACCAGCCCCUCUCUUCCACUGCCAUCAGCUCUAGCAUGGAUCCCCGGGACCACCGAAGGUCGUAUCAGACACCGGUGAGAGACGAAGAGUCGGAAUCCCAGAGGAAGGCCCGCUCCAGACUCAUGCGACAGUCCAGAAGGUCCACGCAGGGUGUUACCCUCACAGAUCUCAAGGAGGCUGAGAAGACCAUGGGCCGGGCCGGGGAUUCCAAAACUGCGUCAGAGCAGCGGAGCAAGGAAGAGGAGAACCGGGACAAAGAUGGAGAGCAGCAGUCCCAGGAGACUACGGAUUCUUCUAGGAGAUUUCGGCUCCCAAGUUCAGACGGUUCUUCAGUAUAUACUGUAAAUCCAUUAGUGGUGAAUUCACAGCCAAGAAAAGGCUCCGAAGCUGACGAGACUGUCUCAGAGAUAGAUUCGGAGCUCCGGAACAGACUGGCUAUUCGGGACCGUAGGAAAGGCCGGCGGGAAAGACGCAUCACCGGGCUGGGAGGGAACUCUGAGGGCGAGGAUGACGACGAUGUUGAACAAGUCAACAACGAAGAUCUGUCCGGACAUGGCAGUGAACACUUAAAUAGUGUCUUGCCGAACCGGAUGGCCUCCUACAGCUGCCAGAGACGGAACAGCGCCUCCUUGAGCUGCAAAGAAGAACCGGAUCAUUAUUACAAGAAAUUGUAUGAAGAUCUUGUAAUUGAAAACGAAAAGCUGAAGGAGCAACUACAAGAAGCACAGCUACAGUUGACCCAGAUCAAACUGGAGCUGGAAAGAGUGACCCAGAGGCAAGAGCGUUUCGCUGAGCGGCCGGCCCUGCUAGAGCUUGAGAGAUUCGAACGCCGAGCUUUGGAGAGAAAAGCAGCAGAACUUGAGGAAGAGUUGAAGGCUCUGUCAGAUUUGAAGGCUGACAACCAACGGCUCAAAGAUGAAAACGCCGCUCUAAUCCGUGUGAUCAGCAAACUCUCCAAAUGACCAUUGCUGCCACGGCCUCCUGAUUCCUGUGUGAAGCAGGGGCCUUACUCCACACCUCUUCUUGUUUAUCAGAUCCUCACAGAGGACAGGAGGAAUAUUUGAGGUUAGGAGUGGGCCAAGGCCCUCUCAACCUCCAUACACUCCAGAUGUGGGCUCUCCCAAGUCUCAGCCAAUCAGAGGGUUUCCCCAACCCUCCUUUUCCACAAAGAAGGCCAAUUUUGUCUCCCAAAACAAUGUCUUGCGCCCCUCCCUUUCCCCCCCUCCUUACCCCUCCUUGUUAAAAAUUUCCUUUCCAGAGACAGUAUUUAUUUUGUGGCUUUCUUAAAGUGAUGUUCUUUGCUUGUUGCUUUUCCUCCAGUGAACAAGGGGUGUGUGGAUGACGAGAGUCGCUCUUCCCGGGAGCUCACAGGAAUGGGGCUGCGGCUCAUUUUUUGUGAUAUUAGGAGAAGGGUGAGGCCGCUGAGUCAUAUGACCGCUUGGAAGAAAAGGCUGGACAUCUGAGGGCGAGGGGAGUGUUGGGUUAACAGGCGCCAUUGGCAUUUGCAGGAUUUUUCUUCCUAGUAGGCAGAGGAUGCUGUCCAUCGCUUCCAUUGGACAGGCUGGCUUCGAACUCCGCAACCCAGGAGCAGCAACAUCCCAACGCUGAUCAUCCCAUUGGGUUGGGGCAAAGUGGACUCAGUCCAGGACAUACACAUCCUCUGUAACAGACUGGUGCUUUGAUAGAUACAUAGGUUCUUCAAGAGGGCACAGGACUCUUGAGUCGCAGGGUGGGAGGUGGCAUUUAGCAAGUAGGUUUUGUAGCAGAGAGGCAUGCCCCGUAGGACUUGGACGUUCUCUGUAUGCCACCCUCCCCUUGCCUCGGCUGGUGAGACCCUCCUUCCUUUCUCCCCACAGCCUGAAUUGAUGGCUCAGCUUGCAGGUGGAAGGAGUGGGAUUUGCUCUGGGCUUCUCAGAUCCCUGUUUAAUCCACAGCUAGUAGUGAAAGGUGAAGGUGAUCUUGGGGUCUAGGAAUGUGCUGAAAUGUAUGUAUGGGGGAGGUAUGAUGUGCAUGUGCAUGUUGAGGUAUGUGUGUACAGAUGUGUGCAGCCUCCCCCAACCCACUCCAGGAGCUGCCCUCCAGGCCAAAAAGAUUGUACACCCCCCCUCCUUUUCUUGCCUAGGCUGGCAUGACAGCCUGGGCCUUGGAAGAUUUAAGCAAGUGGGUUGAAAAUGGAACAGGUGGCGGGGAAGUGGGUGGAGGGAGACUUGUGAAUGUGUGAGAGGCAGCUUUGCUGUAGGCUGCACAGACAGAGGCCUUGCUAACGGUUUGAUUAGAAAGGAGGUGAAAGUGACGGUUACUUGUUUUUUAAAUGGUCUAGGGAUUGUCUACCCUUUGGCUCUCAAGAGCUAGAGGGACAUGGAAAUGUCACUGGGGUGGGGGGGGAGGGCGCGAGGUAGGUAGGUGUUGAAAUGUAUGGGAGCCAGGAUACUGUUUACUGUCAAGAAGAAGUGCCAUAGCCGGAGUGAGAGGAGCCAGUUGAAGAGGUGCAGCUGCAGGGACUCCUUCCCCCUGCCUUUUGAACAGUGGAGGGAUUGCCCUUCGCUUCCGUUCUUCACUUCCCUCUGCAUCCCGGUAUUCCGGUGUCAGGGUGGUUUCAUCCCUCCUCCCAACCUGGAGUUUCCAAAGUUCGGCCUGCCCUCCGGCGCUUUCUCGGCUGCAUCGGGCCUGAGGUUAGAUCCAAAGGCUGGGAUCUCUUUGCUUCUUCCUCUCCUCUGUACAUGAGGGCCCACAAGCUUAGGCCCAGCCCGGCUGUGAGGUUGCCAAAACACUCGUAACCCCGAGGUCUGGAUUGGAUAACGGAGGCCGUGCCCAAAGUUCACCUUUGAUUCUGGCAGAGUUGCCAGCUCCCCUCCCCUCCUCCUCCUCCUCCUCCUCCUCCUCCUCCCAGAGCUGUGCCUGCUUCACCAUUUGUUUUCCGUUCCCCUGGACUCUGCUGCUUUCCUAGAGGAUACCUGGGUUUAGCUUUAUGGCUCUCCUCCUACAUUCCUCUUCCUGCACGCACACAAUCAAAUAUUUUCAAAGUUAAAACUGAGGGCUAGAAGUACUUCCAAGUGAAACUGAGGGCUAGAAGUAAUUCCAAGAGAAACGGGUCCAAAGUACUACCCUGAAAACCCUGUCUUUUGUGCGUGUGUGUGUGUGUAUGUGUGUGUUUUUCCUGCGCUAUCAUGAGCCAAGAUUCCUCUGCCAAAAUAAAUAGUCCCUUCCUUUCUGCCAUAUUUUCCCUUUUAUCUCACCUCCACCCUUGCCCUGUUCUUCUUCCUUCUGCCUACCCUGGCCUGUGAAUUUUCCUCCCCAAACAUAUCUGUACAUAACAGAAGUAUUUUCUAUAUGGCUGCAUCGCCAACAAAAACAAGAAGAAAUGCAGAAAAACUUAAAUGUGCAAUAUCGCAUGAGUAUUUUUUUUUCCAAAGAAGUCUCUAUAUUGUACUUGUUUAUUCAGCAGCUCAGCUGCAUUUGUUUUAAAGAACAGGGAAUUGAAAUUACCAUGUUUGAAUAUAAUUAAAAAAAAUUAAAAAUUG